GCUCGUAGUGUUCAUGUCGUAUUGUCAACACUAGAUAUGAUAUAACUACAACUAUAUCAUUAUCUAUUAUUUACAAGAAUUAAAAUUACCAAUGUUUUCCUUGUGUAUGUGUUAGUGAAAAUUGUGUUUACUAGUGUGUUUAAGUAAGUGAUAAAUCACACGACAAAAGCAAAAUUAAUCUCGGUCAUCAAUUUUUUGAUUCAACAUUUUCUAUUUUCUUUAGUGGAGGUAAUGCAAUUUUCAAUUCUAUACAUGCGUGUUAAGAUUUAAUUAAUAUUUCGGAAACUUUUUUGUCUCUCUCUCUCUCUCUCUCUCUCUCUAUUUAUGGGACCAAAGUAAACUUUACCCAAUUGUCGCUGUGACUUUCGGUACAAAUACUCCUGUCAUAAAAAAAUAAAGAAAUAUUCGGUGUGUUUGAUGACAAAUAUUAAAGUAACCGUCACUUAGAAAUAUAUAUUCAAGACCGGUUGUACUGUUUUUGCUUUUCGGGUCCAUUCUUUAGUCUCUGUGAAUCGGAGUUUCCUUCAGUUUCUAAAAGAAGAGCGUGGGAAGGUGCAGAGAGAGAGAGAGAGAGAGAUUAUCUUUUGCUUCGAUCGGUCUUAACGAUUUGUGUGUUUAAAUCAGGUAGUCUAUUUUGUUUUGACCCCUUACAAUUGAAUUGGCACGGAGUUAUUUUUUAACAUCAUGAUGAUUGAAAUCGAAAUAAUGACGAGGUUACGGUUAGUUUUUGCAAUUGUGCUCUUAACAGUAAUUAGUGAGUGUUGGUGCAAUGAUAUUAAGGACUAUUGCAAUAUGCAUAGAUUUGAGAAUUUGCCAGGAGGGCUCAGAUUUACCAAGGAAGUUGUUACAACGGAGUAUGCGACUGUUGGAUCAUUCAAGGCUAUUCAUUGUUGUCUACGUGGUUACAGGAGUAUAGAAUGGUUUAAAGACAACAGGGCAUAUCCCUGGCCAGGUGGUGAAAGCCAUUUCAUUUUAUACCCGGAGAGUGCAAAUCAGACAAUUUAUACACUUAAAGUAAGGGCGUCGGAUGCAGGACGUUAUUCUUGUCAGGCAAGAAACGAUACCACCAUCUUAGAAGCUGACAUCACUCUUACAAUACUUGGUUACCCAGGCGCAAAGUGACGCCGAGUUCAGGCUUUAUAAAGAUUGGCCGAGCAUUGUUCAACAUUGAUUGAGCAUGAGUGAAUCAGCGAGAGCAGGAAUGAUCGAAGCUUUAAUGUAACACCGAUUCCAGACUG